CUGAUCGAGGUGCAUUAUGGGGAAAGUCGUUGCCAUUCGACCUCUGCAAGCCUGCGCGGACGCAGCUAGAACCCUGAAAUUCAUUAUGCGUUUAAAAGCUUUAUUUAUUUCCGCAUAACCUACAUACUCUCACCAGGAGGCCAAAGCGGAAAAAAAACGAAAACCAGCCAUUUAAUUCGGAUCCGUAACAUAUAAUACUUAAAUAAAUAGAAAUUAGUAGUAAUAUUGUUAAGAAAGUGGUAGAUUUUAAUAUAUUAAGAAAAUGUCCGGAGAGAGAAACCGCAGGUCUCUGGCGUUCCGAGGAGGUGGAUUAGCGGUAACCAGCUCCAGUGGUGUCGGUGGGGGCAACAGUAACAGCUGGGAGGCCCAGGCCUGUCAAGACCGACAUUUGAACGGGAACAGGCCAGAUCAAGAAGAGGAUAGGGAUCUGGGGGCAAAAGGACCAUCGCAAGGGAGAGUGGAGGGUGGGGGAUCUCUCAGUGAUAGCGCAGAACCAGAGGCUGAGGAGGAAGAGGACCCGGAAGGGGGCAACUGGGCAGCCGGGGUAGGAGACGAUCGUGUCGGUUGGGUGGCAGUAACUGUCGGAGAAGACGAGUCCAGGGAAGGGAGUAGCCGGACAGCGGGUAACUGCCUGAACAACGAGGACGGCGCUGACUUGGGCAGCGGGGGCACUGGAUCCGAGGACGACAGAGGCGAAGCUGCCAGGAAAUCUUGGGUAGAAAUGAGACCGCAGACGCUACUCCAGAAACACCCCCAAUUCCAAGCUUCAUGGCUACAGGAGUUUCCAUGGCUCACAUUUUGUCAGGAGACGGGACUUAUGUCCUGCUCCUGGUGUCACAACAUUCCCACUAAAAACAACGACGAGCUGGUGAGAGGUAGUCGAAAUUACAAGCGGGCCUUGCUGCUGAGACAUCACCUGUCUUCUGAACACGGGAGGAAUGACCCGACAAAACAGGAGCUGGAGCGGCCUGGCUGUGAGGACCCCCCCCAGGGGACAGACAUGGAGACAGAAGACUACUACAGCAAUAACAAACCUAACCAGGACUCGUACUGCUACCAGCUGCUGCAGGAACUGGACAAACAACGCAAGGGAGGAAUCCUGUGUGACGUCAACAUCGUUGUGAGUGGAGAGGUGUUCCGGGCACACAAGAACAUCCUCGUGGCCGGGAGCCGCUACUUCAAGACCCUCUACUGCCUGACCAAGAGCGAGAACUCCUCUUCCUCAUCCUCGCCAUCUGACCAGACGACCACAGUCACCGUCACCCAUCUAGACGUGGCGGCCGGGGCGGGGUUCUCAGUCAUCCUGGACUUCCUGUAUAGCGGUAACCUCCUACUGACCAGUCAGAAUGCCAUCGAGGUGAUGUCCAUGGCCUCUUUCCUCCAAAUGACGGAGGUGGUGGGAUCGUGUCGGGGGUUCAUCAAGGAAGCACUCAACAUCAGCAUCAAGCAGGAGGCCCCGGACUCAGUGGUGGUGGAUUACAACAAAAGGAGAACGGUGGCCAAAGACGGAGCAGGACAGCUGGGCUCGGACGGCAGCACCAACAAGAAGCCUGGAUGUAACUUCUGGGCCACCAGCAUCCUGUCCAAGCUGUCGAUAAAAGCCAGUGGUCAUGUCAACAAUGGGGACCAGGUAGGGGGAGGCAGCGUGAAGGAGGAGCCCAGUGAUGUGAUGGUAUCUGCGGGGGAGGGCUGCGCUCUGGGGAGCUCCGGCUGGGGCUGUGAGAACUCGUCCGAGUCGGCUGAGAACGAGCCUCCGAGCGUUCCGGGGCCGGUGUUCGUCUGGAACGAGCCGGCUCCCGGUGCGGCGGCGGGCGGGCCGGUGGCGGUGAAGCGGGAAAAUCAGAAGGCAGACCUGGGGAGCGGGCGGAGGAAGAAACAGAUCACACGGCGGUUCGUCUACAACAUCCCACCGGAGUCGGAAGAAGGGUUUGACGAGGGGAUGUUCGUCCAGCCCUCAGCCUCCUACCCCAGGGAGGACUUCUCCUUCCUCUCUGAGAAUGCCGAACUGGCCAAUCAGUUUCAGUACAGCCUCCUGCAAGAGUCCCAGCAAGGGGAGUCCUGGGAGAAUGGCGAGUCGUCCGACACGGCCCUGAAUAAGCUCAAGUGUCCCCACUGUAACUACAUCGCCAAGCACCGGAGAACACUAAAGAGGCACCUCAUCAUUCACUCUGGCGUCCGCUCCUUCAGCUGUGAUCUCUGUGGCAAGCUGUUCACCCGCAGAGAGCACGUCAAGAGACAUUCCCUGGUGCACAAGAAGGACAAAAAGUACAAGUGCAUGGUGUGCAAGAAGAUCUUCAUGCUGGCGGCCAGCGUGGGGAUCCGGCACGGCUCACGGCGCUAUGGUGUGUGUGUGGACUGUGCUGAAUCCCACCAGUCCACGCAGGAGGGCCUGGAGUCCCUGGAGGUGUUCGUCCGCGAGGAUGAUGACUUUGAGGGGGAGGAGCCUGACGAGGACAUGGCUGAGGAGGGGGAGGAGCCUAACGACAACGACCAAUCCAACUUGGAGGGUGACACUGGUAGUUAAAGAUUUUUUAAAAAUUAAAUAAAGCUGGUAAACAAUCAACAACUCCAAAGUGCUAUCAAACCUCGAGGUUACUUACACGGUUUAGUGCUAUCAAACCUCGAGGUUACAAAGAGAGAAGCUUUGGUAGAGCGGGACUCCAAGAUGUACAGAUAUUCUAUGUGUCACUCUGGGCCUAGUGCUCACUAGAGAAAGAGAGAAAUGAAAUAUUGAAAUCAGGUUUAUGGUGAUUUUGUUUGGGGGUGUACAGCGUUUUUAGUUGCAAUAGACCAAUCUUAAGAAAUAUUAUUUAAUUUAUGAAAGAAGUUUUUAUGGUCUUAUUCAAUUCUAUAAUUUUUUGCUGUUUUGUAAACUGCUAUCAAUGAGUUUCAGUAUUUGACUGUACUUUCUGUCAGAUCUGUAACUAUGUUGCUAGGUGCAUGUUGUUAGACAGAAGGACGUGAAAGAAAGGGCAUUAUUUGCCGACAGGAAGAUUUGAUGUUUAGAUGACCUGAACAUUAUGAUUUACUAUUCUAUCUUUUCCCUGCACAAAUCUUGGAACCAAAAAAAAUCUGUUUUGUGACUAUUUUAUCACAGCCAUAUUUAUGAGUUUAAGUUAAGUGGGCUGUGCUAUUGUGCCAAGCAGAAAGCACAGCAAGAUUUAUCAGGAGACAAAAAACUACUGAGAGAAACAGAAGUCGAGCAGAGAAAAAAAAAAGGAAAAAUAUUUAUAAAAAAAGAAGCGAAAGUACCAGGGGAAAUGUUAUUUGCUAGCUUUAUACCAAUCACAGCACCACACAGUAACACUUUAUAAAGCAUUUUGACAUUCACUUAAAGCUUGAAUUUUGCCAAAUGACGGAAAUGUUUGGUGCUGUAAUGUUUAUGUUGCGAGAUACUGGACCUACAGCUGUAUAUGAUGUUUAUAAUCAUAAAGCCUGAAAUGACUCAGUUAUAUAUAUAUAUAUUAAUCAGCUAUCUAUAGAACACUGUUGUGCUACGGCGCCUAUCAGGAAUGCUUUGCCAUUGUCUUUUUGUAUUUAAUGCACACACACACACACACACACACACACACGCUCGCUCACAUACCAUUUUGUAGAACUACCGGCAGUACUUGUAAACAUGAUGUAGGGACCUAAGUUAAAAAGAUACCUUUUAUAUAUAUAUAUAUAUAUAUAUAUAUAUAUAUAUGUAUAUGGUUUAUAUCAAGUAGUGAUAUAUUAUAGCUAUAUAUAUAUAUAUAUUUGGUAGUAUUUUAAAGAGUGCAGAUAUAUGAAGUCUGAAAGAGAAACUCCAUUUUGAAAAGUUAUAAUUUUUUACAAUCAGUUUAUUUAAUUUGAUAGAAGUAUCUUUAUUUUGUCUGCCAGGUAGGAAAACACUUUGUUCAAUACAAACUAAAGAUCUAUGAUGCGUAACAGACAUGCACUUACUACUAUUUUGCGUUCAUGAAAAUCAUUUUUGUAUUUCAAUGUCUUUUCUUGCUUCCCCAAAGUGGGUCUGAAUGGAACUGUUUUCCUCUUUUUCUUAGAUGUUUUGUUAUUUAAGAUUAUUAUAUUGGCUCCGAAAUGCAAUCAAGACUGUUAAUUUCUAUCUAUUUGUCCAACCAAAUUGUUUAUUAAUUAUUGUUGAGAUAGCCAGGUAAUCUCUACAGUAUGUAGAGACCUGCUUGUGUAUGUAAUUGUCAGAUAAAAAAAUAAUCAUUCACUUUACCCUAAAUGUAUAUAUAGUUUUAUUUGUCCUUUUAUAAUGUAUUUCCUUAUCCUUUUUUAUUGAAUUAAUCACGUAUUUGAUAAGAAAUAUGGAUUGUUUGCAGGUUAAAACCUAGGAACAGCAGUUUGUCCAAAGGCAGUGGAUAUAUCGAAGUGCUAUAAUUAUACAGAAAUGUUUGAUUUCCCUGCACUCCAAAUGCAAAAUGUAUUUUAAAGAAAGCUCCUAUAGAGAUAUCCUCAUCCAUGUUCAUACAAUAUGAUUUACCUUCAAAUCACUGGGAGGGAUUUUAUAUAUGAAAAAAAUAAAAAGAUUUAGCUUGUUUAUUUUACUUAAUGGAACACACUCAGCUGCAGUUGGCUUGUUUUAAAAUCUUGGCCUUGUGUUGUGUCAUACUGGGUUGCCUUCAGAAGGCACUGUACUUGUCCAAUAAAAAAUAAAAAAAAACGUGUUUUCAUUUUCCAUUGCAAAAUGUGUUGUUACGGUGUGCCCUAAUGAACACGUCCCUAACCUUCCACUCUGUCUGAUCACACCUGUGCUCGUCCAUCAAACUGUUUCUGUUUUACUGUACAACGGAUGAUCUCAACAUGACUUAUUGUUUUAGAUGUUAUUAUGCUGUACUGUAAUGGACAAAUCAAGUAAAACACUACUACAGAAACAGUUUUUUUUUUUUUUCAGCUGUAUUUUUUAAAAGAUGUUUUAAAUGGUGUAUUUUUCAACUCUCUUUUCAAACUACAGCGAUGCAAAACCAAUGGGCCUUUUCCUGGGCUCCACCCUGAACACAAAACAAGUCAGGUUGCUCUUUUUACAUUUUGUUUUCAAGGUUUUCAAAAAUGAAUUACAUUCUCCUUUUUCUGUUUCAAUUGUACUACUGUUCCUCUAUAAUACAUAUUCCAAAUAAAACGCUUAAACUUGA